AUUAACGUCAACAUUCUUCAAUGACAGUGUAACGCUUAAAUUCUCUCUUCCAUUGAAUGUUACAUCCCCGAAUGGGAACAUUUCGUUCGUGUACCAAGUUAAUGCUCAUAGCGUUAGUUGUUUCAGCGUUUCAACCUGCCGAACACAAAGCAAGACAACGGUACAUUGUGGAACUAUUAACGAGAUUACCUUGAAGAAACUUUCUUAUUCAUGUGACAGAAUCAUUGAUGUAAAGAUUCAAUUCAUCAUGGAAAAUGGCAGGUCGCCAUUCACGCCAGUGGUAUCAGUGGACAAUAUCACAGUAUAUCAAACACCUUAUACAGCUCCAUCCGUAACCGCACAAUCAUCAACUGACCCGUUCACAACUAAUACCCAUUCCGAAACGCAAGCCAUUAUAAAGGAAGGGGAUACAACAAUUAUUAUACAUAAUGUAGAAGCUCCUUCAUCAAAUAAUAGGCCGAUGUGGAUUAUACCUGUAGCAGCCGGUCUCGGUUCUUGUGUAGCAGUCAUUGCAGUUCUGGUUCCUGUCCUAUGUUACUGUCGGCAAAGAAACCGAGCAACCAAAACGAAAGGUAAAUUGGUCAACAUAAAUGGAACCACUCCCCAAGCUGAUCCCGAAGUUCGCUAUUCAUAUCCAAAUCAACCUUCAGAUGUAGUCUAUUACGCUGACAUUAGAGACGACCUUGAUCCAGACGGCCACCAACUUCCAAAAUCGACAGCAGCUGCAGAUUUUAAAGUUAACAACCCGAACAGCGCCAUUAGUUCCAACUUGGUAAAGAACCCUGUAUAUGACUGUAGUGACCAAAUUGCUAAGGUAUCUGAUCCUUUGAUUGCUGAGAUCAACGAUCCUGUCUAUGAGGAAGCUCCUGACAAUCCGACACAACGGUCUCUCCAGCUGAAUGAUCUCGUGGAAAACCCUUUGUACGGAGGACAGGAACAUAGAUCUGCAGCGGAGCAGCAAUCCUUGAAACAACCAGAAUCAGCAGACUCGCAAGGUCUCGUAGACAAUCCUUUGUAUGGGGGACAGGAUCAAGGAUCCAGAGUGCAGGACUUCUCAGAGCAAGCAGGCUCGGCUGACUCGGAUGGAAUGGUAGACAACCCUUUGUAUGGCGGACAGAGCGACAGAUCUGCUAGCCACGCGUCCAACAUGCCUAACGUGUUGUCACGAUUACCGUCUCCAGAUGACCUCAGAUCCAAUAAUUCAGAUGCAGAAUCCAGUCGCUUUUCUCCAGAACAGGGACUCAGCACUAAGCCGGAAUAUGCAGCAGUAGACGAUCUGAUAGGCAACCCUCUAUACGGAAGUCAGAAUGACAAACCCACCAAAGACGGGGUGACUCUUCAGAACGAAUCGCGCGCUGAUGAACUCAUCGACAAUCCUUUGUAUGGCGCUCAAAGUAACAAGCCGGAUGGCCUGGCGUCAAAUAUACAAGAUUUAGCCCAAACUGAAGAACUCGUAGAUAACCCUCUGUACGGCGAUGGUUGUGACAGACCUGGCAGACAGGGAGUCACCAGUCAGACAGAAAUUGAACCAACAGACGAGCUGAUCGACAACCCUCUCUAUGGAAGUCAAAAUGAAAGUUCCGCCAUUGGAAUAAGCCGGCAAGAAGGAUCUGGUCCAUCCGACGAAAUGAUAGACAAUCCUUUGUAUGGAGCCAAUAGUUAAAGCCAUACAAUUUUUGUUCAAGGUCACUGAGAAUAUGAGACUUUGUGGACAUCCACGGAUAUCGCUUUCAAGAUAUGGUGUUAUAUCGGUUUGCUUGUAAACAAAAUCUACAUAUUCACCAUUGACCUUUAUUUAUUUUAUUUUGAGAGGAAAAAAUGACAUAUACGACUAUGUCCAUGUUUGCCAAUGAAAAACGUGCUGUAAUAUAUAGUUACACAUCGAGACCUCUUCAACAUUACAUAACAUUAUUUCUUCGAUCUCCAUUUUGUAUAUUUUGUUUCUUUAAACAAUUCAAUCAAGAUUCGCUAAAAAAAUUAUUGAGGGUUUUCCAUCCGUCUUCUUUAAAAAACUAACCACUGGUGCAUUUUCAACAUGCGCGUAACUUAGUUACUAGGACAACUAAAACAUUAAACACUUGUAGUUUUAUGUAUAAGAAGUGUAUACUAUUCUUUUGAUACUUAUUACAUUUUGCCAUGGGCGGAAAUCAGUCCCCAAAGGAAGGGGGACCAGGGCCUGGAAAAUUUGAUAAGCAAAAAAAAGUUUAUCACCCAAAAUGUAAGGUAACUUUUGUCAUUUAGUCCAAAAUGCAUGUAUUAUUUCGAUUGUGAAGUGAUGUAUUUUGAUCCAUCAUAAAAUACCAAAAAUAGUAGGGGGACAUUUGAUACUAUGCCCCCCCCCCCUACUAUUUUGGGUAUUGAUGUUGCUUUGUAUUUGAAUUGCAAACGUUCCCCCAGGGAUUUCCGCCCAUGCAUUUUGCCUUAUCUGUGUAUAACGAUGUCAAUUAUAUCAUUUGCUAUCCUGUUAAAACAAUCAUUUUAUUUAUUUAAGUGUUGCUAUGUAUGAUAAUAUUCACUCUGAAAAAUACUUUAAAACAAUGUGACCACACUCGGGAGAACUGUAGAAAAUGACCCCGAUGCUGACAUUCCGGUACUGCACGGUGGAAUGAUUUCAAGGCUGAAAUUGCAUACCUCGCUCUCUAAAUGCAAAUGUAGAUAAUGACACACCUGAAUGACAAAUCAAAAUGUAUAUUUUAAAAUAAUUAUAAUUUCUGAAUUACUCACAAUUUGUUAAAAUGAGAGCUUCCCUCUGAGGUCAAUCGCACGACUCCUGUACUGUAGGAUUAGAACAUACUGUAAAAUGUAAUAAACAUUGAAAGUCUUGUGAAGUCCAUUUGAUCUUUGCAAGCAAUUUGUGAUAGUUACCUGUACUUGCUUGGUGCUGUUAUGUCGCAUGAAGCCUGUACAAAAGAAUGGCUUUUGUUGAUUUCGUAUUCGCUUGUAAAUACUAGUAUAACCGUUUCUGAACAAAUUCCUGCAUUCUAGGGAAGGAACCAUGAAGGGUUUCUUUCACUAGUCUGGCACUAUAAAAAAAACUAAUCGUAUUAAAAUCAUAUAUCACUACCUUUAUCUUGUGUACCAUUAUUUUCCUUAAAAAAACUUAUUCAUGGUCUGAGCGUUAUAAAAAAAGGGCCAGUCUUAAAAUGUGUCAGCUAGGUGAUCAAUAUUUUCUUACAUUACCCCGGUUAAGCUAUAGUCUAUUGAUUCCGGUGCUCACAG